AAACCAAACAUUACUUUACAAUAGUUGAGAUAAAAAUGUUGGCUGCCACAUUUACCAGUAAGACUUUUAUUUUGAAAUUUACAAACCAUAAUCCCAUAUAUUUUGAGUCUUCCUUGAUAAUAGUUUUACCACAAGAUGUACAAAUAAAGAUUUUGCGAAGAGGAAACAUUUACUUAAAUCUGGUGCUGACUUGUUCUUACUCUUUCACUUUCUCUAUCCAGCCCUCUCUUAUUAAAAUUAGUAACCGGAAGUUAUAUUUUCCCUGACUUUACACGGGUGCUACACAGAAAAAUGUCUGUACGCUGUGAAAAGCGAUGAUUCGUUACAAAAUGAGAUUUAUUCUAAAAUACGCAGUAUAACCUUAGUUUAUUUCACAGACAUAACCUACAUUGUUCAGAUUUAAACGCUACUGAUGUUUUACUUUGAAAAGUUCCACCGGAUGUAGAUGUUGUUAAUAACCCCCAUUAGGUUCAGUUAGGGUCAGGAUCUGCGAAAGGGUCACACCAGCGUGUCUCUGUCAUUCCCGUGGUGUUUUCACAUAGCCUGAGAAAUUAUGUCAGUGAAACAUGCCCAGCCCCACUUCAGCCAGUCUCAGGUGACUGAGAUGAUGAAGAGACUCUUCGACCUGACGCCAUCAGAAAUCCGCUCUCUGCCGAGCUAUGAUGACCAGAACUUUCAUGUGGUGUCCACUGAAGGUGGCGAGUACGUCCUGAAGAUCAUGAACUCAGAGGACAGCAAGAACUACGCCCUGAUUGAGAUGCAGACAUAUACUAUGUCUGUCCUUCACGAGAAUGGACUUCCUGCACAAACAGUCGUGCCCACCACCUCAGGACAGCUCAUGAGCCUGGAAGAAACAGAUUGCGGCUAUGGCCCACAGAAGUACCUGGUGCGGCUGAUGACUUAUUUGCCUGGGACCACCAUUUCCAAGGUCCCUUUAACACCACAGUUACUGUAUGAAAUUGGCAAGACAGCAGCCAGGAUGGACAAAAUCCUGCACAAGAUGGAGCACCCUCAUCUUGGCGUGGUGCAGAGAGAGAAUUUCAUAUGGAGUCUGUCAAAUAUUCCCCUCCUGGAAGGUUACGUCCAUUUAUUAGAUGGAGAUCCUCUUCAGGAGGUUGUGAAGUCUGUCAUUCAUCAGUACAAGACCUCUGUGGUCCCUAAACGCUCCAAUUUCCGCGAGUGCAUUAACCAUGGGGACUUCAAUGAACUCAAUGUGCUUGUACAACCUGAGGGUAACGGCCACAGGAUUUCUGGCAUCCUUGACUUUGGGGACAUGAACACUGGCUACUUCAUCCAUGAGCUCGCCAUCGCUAUCAUGUACAUGAUGACCAUACACCCAGAACCUGUAGAUGUGGGUGGACCUGUCCUCGCAGGGUGGGAAAGUGUCCUUCCCCUCAACGAGGCAGAGAAAGAUUGUCUCUAUGUGCUGGUGCUGUCCCGCUUCUGCCAGUCGCUGGUUUUAGCUCGUCACUCCGUAAUGUUGCAUCCGGAAAAUGAGGAGUAUCUGAUGAUUACAUCCAGGAGGGGCAUCCACAUUCUCCGUCGACUCUGGGAGCUUGGAAGGGAGCAGGUGGAGAAGGUGUGGUUUCAGAGUGCUGCUCAGUUCAGUGACAAGAAGUGAAAAAUAAGUAUGAAAGCCAUUCACACUUUCAGUGAACAACAGGGUGAUUCUACUGAGCCUUUUUUGUGAAUCAAGUGUAAUUUUAAGAUCACCAGUAAAAAGAAUAGAUUAUGUUUCAACACUAAAAACAUUUUACUCUUGAGAUUCAGAUAUAAUGUAGUGGGAAUACUACACAGUGUCUGAAUCCAAGAUGACUAAGGUAGCAGAUAUAAAGGUAGCAAUAGCAACAAUAGAUCAUGUACUGUAAAAGCAAAAUGUCUAUCAAAGAAAGCAUUUAAAAAGAAGAUAGGGAAAAGUGCUUUAUAGUGCCAUUUAUCAUGUGUAAUAAGUGCCUAAAGUCAUGAGGGAUUAUACACUCCAGUGGAUGUGUACCUUGGUGCUUCUCUGUAUGGUAACAGGCCACUUGGCCAGGCAUUGAAUUGAUUUUUAUGACAUUUCACAAAGACAGAGACUGCUUACAACAAACACAUCAACAGUGUAAGAGACUACAGCAUCUCCUCUGUAACAGAUUUUAUACCUUGGACAGCCAGUUUCAUUAGAUUUACUAAGAAUAAAGACAAAUGUAAUGCUCAGGUCACAUGUCAACUAAAGUGCAAUAAUGUCCUGCUAUAUGGAUUGUUGUGCACGUGAGACCUUUGUACAGUUAUACAUUAUGCUUCUCUGGGAAAUCUACCUCAACUUUCAGACUGUGUGUUUUAUACUUUGCCAGGGUCCAAAUGUUAACAAUUUAAUACUGUUACACUGCUCCAAUUAGACCAAUAAACAAAAGAACAGCCCCUUAAAUACUCGGUUGCUAUUUUUUUAUAUAUACUUAAAAGUGUGUCAUAAAUGUGUAUGAGUGGAGUGGUGAGAAACAUAGUUUUUAACUCAAUUUCUUCCAAACAGAAAAGGGCUUAAACAUGGGGAGUGAAGCUACACGACACACUAAGAAUACAAAGGAGACUGUCUAACAAGUGAAAGGGACAAGUAUCUUUUAUAUUUACAAGUCAGUCAGAGUCUUGGUGACCCAGAGAAAAUAUUCUUGACCACUUGCAGGAACAUUAGUGGUUAUUUGCUUCAGGUUUGGAGUCUAUAUCAUAUUGUAUAAUUGCUGUAUAUCACUGCUGUGUAACCAAU